CCUUCUCAGAAAGGCCGUUGUGAAUGAGGCCAUUAUAAAGUCCCCAGUGCCUAGCCCCUGAAUGUGAAGAUCGGAUCGCAACUCACUCAAAAGCUCGAUGCUAGCUGUGACACCCUUUACGUGUGUUUAAAGCCAGCGAUACGGACGUAUCAUGCUGGAGGAAGAGAACUGCUUCUUGGGACCGAGCUGGCUCAAGGCUUCCCGGUGGUGGAGGCCCGACACAAGUGCAGAGGCAGAGAGUGAGGGGGACUGUGACCCCGCGAAGCGAUGUUCUCGGUGGAUGGAAUUCAGAUGGGUUGCCGUUCUUGCUCAAAUUCAGGAAUUGCUGGAGGCACUGACCCUAUCUUUGCGUGCCCACAAUCGUCCCUACCUGGCCAACCUCCUCCCCUCCUCGUCCCUAACUUCUUUCUGCUUUUGAACUUCUCCCAACUCACUAUCGCGGGACCGAUUCCUCUUGCUUUUACAAAGAAUCGCCCAUUUCGAACCGGUAAGCCCAUCACCACCACCCUCACAUCGCCAUCGUAUCAUCUACCUUCUGCCUUCCACUGUCAGAGCUGCCGCCCUCCCGUCGUCAUUACGUCGCCAUCGCGGUCUCCGCGCUGGGUGGGCCUGCUCUGCGCUGGCGGCCUUUCCUCUGUACUCAGGCCCGACCGCGUGUUACAAGUUGGAUACCAACUAUCCCCUUCACCCUCUCUCCUAGGCCUUCUCUGUGCUGGAUCGCAAUCGCGCCUCCGCUGCAGGCUAGCGAUCGUGUGUGACGAGUUGGUAUCCAACUGUCCUUUCACCUUCUCUGCGCUUGGCCUUCGUGGUGCUGGGUCGCGAUAGCACCUCCUCUGCACUUGGGCGAUUGCGUCUGACGAGUCGGCGCCAUCCAACGAGUUGGUAUCCAACUGUUCUUUCACCUUCUCUACGCUUGGCCUGCUCCGUGCUGGGUCGCGAUAGCUCCUCCUCUGCACCCGAGCAUGAUCGCGCCUCCUCUGCACU